AUGGGACACUUUGUGUCUAAUAGUCUCUUCUUGGAAGCAAACACUCAAGACUUAUCUUGCCAAGCCUUGUUGAGCAGGUGCGAUCGAUUAAAGCCUUCAACGCAAAAGUUUCUGUCUUUGGUGUCAAAGGCAAAUAAAUUUGAAACAGAAAAGGAAUGCAUUAUCCAGAAUCUCGUUAAAGCCAAGCAAGAGGCAGAACUUGUGAGCAUGCAAAACCGAAAGCUGGAUAAAGAAAAUCGUAAGUUGUUAAGGCAACAAAGCCCUCCUGUUUCUGCUGAGACAAGUCACAAAAGCGCAUCUGCAAAGUCACACAAGAGAAAGAGUCUGAAGAUGAUGAGCAGUCCGAUUGAGAAGAAGCUUGAGUUCAGCAGCAGUCCAGAAAUCAGCAAGAAUACUCUAUAA